ACCACAGAGCACACAGCACUCUAAAAGGAUUGUAGGCUGUUAGCUAAUCCGCACAGCUCAAAAAGCAACCUUCCUCUCCUGACUUCAUCAAACAAGGGGCAGAUGCUCCUGAUGAAAGAGAGUGGAGAGAUGGAGAGAAGGACAGAAAAAAUAUCUCCACCACCUCCUCCAAAACCUGGCAGGACCAAGAGAGAGACAGCACCGACAGCCAGAGACAGAAAGCACAAAGUGGGUAAGGCAGUGAAGCUCCAGGAGCCACACAAAGGGAAAGAGAGGAUGAAGGGCAAAGAAGCAGGGGAAGAGCACAGUAAUGAGGACAAAAAGGAAGUGUCGUCCACCGUGAUCAACGUAGACAGUGUGAGACAGAGGACAAAUAGAGAAAGCGAGGAGUUGCUGGGCCUUUUGGAGAGCGAAUGGCACGAAGAGGCCUUGAAGCCGCAGAGCCUUGGAGUUUGUGAGCUACUUCUCACGAUUGCAGCUCUUGCCACAGUAAUAUUCUUCUUUCCCAUAUCAAUUUGGUUCUGUGUGAAGAUAGUACGAGAGCAUGAGCGUGCUGUGGUGUUUAGACUUGGACACCUGCUACAAAGAAAACCCAGAGGACCAGGACUGCUCUUUUACCUCCCAUUUUUGGAUGUUUGUCAUAAAGUGGACAUUCGGUUAAAGAUGCUGAAGGUCCCAUCUCACUCGGUGGUGACGAAAGACCUGGUGUGCACAGAGGCGAGUGCGGUGUGCUACUACCGCAUCGAGAAUGUGUCCGUUUGCUACUCGUCUCUGGCAGGAGUCCCGGCUGUGCUGCAGGCUCUGGUUCAGGUCUCAGUCAGGGAGGUUCUGGCCCAUCACACCUUCACCAGCAUACUGCAGAACAGGAGUGAAGUUGCCCACCAGAUCCAGGUUGCACUGGAUUCCAUUGCCUGCAGGUGGGGAAUUAAAGUGGAGAGAGCUGAGAUAGAGGACCUCUGUCUCCCACCUGAACUUCAGAAGAACUUUGCUGUUGAGGCCGAAGCAAAGAGACAAGCCCAAAUUAAAGUGAUUACAGCAGAGGGUGAGAGGGCAGCAUGUGAGGCUUUAAAAGCCUCUGUUGACUCGCUGUCAGACUCUCCUCUGGCCAUCCAGCUGCGUCUUCUCCAGCUCCUUCACUCACUGCGCUCUGACCAGCCUGCUGUGCUCCUCAGCCUGCCAUCGGACCUCCUCAACCAGCCACUUCAGCUGGCAGAUACAAGUAGCUCCUCCAAUCAAAACCAGCCAACAGGGGCCAUCUCAGAGGAAGUGGCUAAAGACUCCCCAAUGAUGUAAUGGAAGCUCCAUUAAGAGAGUCAGCAUUAGCAGCAAUUGUUAGAAUAAUCCGUUAUAAUAGUUCCUCUGUAAACAGUGUUUACUGAAGGAACCAACUGAUGGACACUUUAUUUCUAAACCUCUUUACAGAGUUUUAACUCUCAAUGGAAAAAUCAUGGCAGCAAGAAGAGAGGAAUUUUGAGUCCAACUCUAAAUAUACUAUUAAAUAUAAUAUAUACCCUCACUGUCCACUUUACUAGGAACACCUGCUCAUUCAUGCAGUUAUCUAAUCAGUCAAUCAUGUGGCAGCAGCACAAUACAAAAAUCAUGCAGAUACAGAUCAAGAGCUUCAGUUAAUGUUCACAUCAAACAUCAGAAUGAAGGAAAAAUGUGAUCUCUGUGAUCGUGGCAUGGAUGUUGGCACCAGAAGGGCUGGUUUGAAUAGAGUUUACACAGAAUGGUGUGAAAAACAAAAAACAUUGAGUGAGCAACAGUUCUGCGGGUGGAAAUGCCUUGUUGAUAAGAGAGGUCAGAGGAAAAUGGCCAGAUUGGUUUGAGCUGCCAGGAAGGAUAUAGUAACUCAAAUAAUCACUCUUUACAGUGGAACCUGAUGUGGUGAUAUGACCAGUCUGGUCAUUCUCCUCUGAUCUCUCUCAUCAACAAGGUGUUUCAGCCUGCAGACCCUCCACUCACAGGAGUUUUUUUUUUUUUUUUUUUUUUUUUGCACCAUUCUGAAAAUCCCAGGAGAUCAGCUGUUUCUGAAAUACUCAAACCAGACCAUCUGGCACCAACAACCAUGCCACGGUUAAAGUCACAGAGAUCACAAUUUCCCCCCCCAUUCUGAUGUUUGAUGUGAACAUUAACUGAAGCUCUUUACCUGUAUCUGCCUUAUUUUAUGCAUUGUGCUGCUGCCACAUGAUUGGCUAAUUGGAUAACUGCAUAAAUGAGCAGGUGUACAGGAGUUCCUAAUAAAGUGACUGGUGAGUGUAUAUUAUAUUUGCAUUAAAAAAUAUAUAAAUUAUAAUGAAAUUUAAUUAAAUAUAAUAAUUAAUAUAAUAAUUAAAAUCAUUCAAUUCAAAAUCAAUCAAUUCAAUUCAGCUGUUUAAGCCCACAUUCUGCCCAUUCUAAUGUAGGUUAUAGUAUUGCAUAGUUAUGAUCACUUCAGAGUGGACCAUGGCCUUAUUUUAUUCUUUAUUUAGCUACAAUAAUUACUGAUUGUGAAACAGGCAGUGAUUUGCCAGUGAUUAUGUACCCAAAUCCUUCAUAGACAUUGUGGAUUAAUUCUUCUGUAAAAUUUCAGCCUUUUUGAUUG